GUCCUGGAACAGUUGGCCUAUGGUUCUCGGCCAAUAGCAGGAGUGCUAACAGGGUGUGUCAAUAUUGUGGGUGAAAGGGGGAUCAGGAGAGGAAAGGACAGGUAAAGAAGGUAGAAAUGAAGACUUAGAAGAUUACUAGAGCAGGGUGUGGUGGCACACACCCGGAAUCACAGCAUUUGGGAGUGGGAGGCAGGGUCAUCAAGACGGCAAGGUCAAUGUGGACUACAUGAGGCCCACUGGAAAAGAGGUUUGCUGAGAGCCAGAAGACAGCAGGGUUGAAAUCCCGUGGGCUCGGGAGCCUGAGGAAGUAAAGGACAUGUCUCUGAUCUUCAGCAGCCGUCUAUGCAAUGAAAAUCCCUGGUCCUCAGGUCGCUUUGUCUGUUAAACCGAAUAGUGUAUUCAUCAACCUCGUAGCACCCCACUCUGUCUGUUUCACUCAACCUCCCCGAGAAGGGUCCUGGCGACCGGGCAAGGUGUCACCUCAAAUGUCCACGUGGUAUGGUGUCUCGGCGACUGGGAGCAGGUCUCGCCUUGGACAGGGUCCCCGCGCUCCCCUGCCUCCGCCCCCGCGCACCUGGCAAUCGGGUCCCCGGGCGCCCCGUCCUCACCGCGAGCCUCAGCGCCUUGCAUCGCGCGCGGUGCGGUUCUCUGCGACCUCUGAUGCACGCUGCCCUGCCUGCCUGACCCCAGUCUCUUUCCCAGGCUCCGCUGGGUCUCCGGCAGUCCCUCUCUCUCCUGCUGUCCGUCUGGUGACCCAAGGAGGCGCGAUGAGCGGCGCCUGCUCGAGCUACGUGAGCGCGGAGCAGGAGAUGGUGCGCGGCUUCAGCUGCCCAUUGCCCGGGGGCGAGGCGGCUGCCGUCUUCUGCUGUGGCUUCCGCGACCACAAGUACUGCUGCGACGACCCGCACAGCUUCUUCCCCUACGAGCACAGCUACAUGUGGUGGCUCAGCAUCGGAGCCCUCGUGGGCCUCUCCGCAGCAGCAGUGGUCCUGCUGGCCUUCAUUGUCACUGCUUGUGUGCUCUGCUACCUGUUCAUCAGUUCAAAGCCCCACGCAAAGCUGGACCCAGGCUUAAGCUUACAGAUGGCAGGCUCCAAGGAGAUGUCACCUGACCAUCAGCGUUUGAACACAGCAAUCACGAUGGAGAUGCUGGAGGCAAACUCUCCCAGACAGAGUAAUUCCUUGGAAAGCAGUGAAGGCCCCAGAUGUCUCCUCCAGCACCACUUCAUGGCCAUGAUGACCGCUAGCAAUAUUCCAGGCAGCCCUGAAGAGGCCUCUUUCCCCACCCCUGACCCACGUGGGCCAGUUCCUUAAACGUCCAAUAAAAGUCUGCAUCAUC